AGAUUGCAAAACACUCGUGAUUUCGACGAAUAAUUUAGGAGAGUAAUUCCGUGAUAAGCGAUAGUAACGAUAGUAGUAUGUCUGAUCAACUAGAGGAAAAGUUUGGAGGGUGGGAGCUGUUCGAUGCUCUGUGGGCUAAACUGCGCUCAGAGCUUCCCGGGAACGGGAAAACGCGUGAUAAAAACGGCACGACCGACAAGCUACUGGAACAGCUGCUGGAAGAAGAAUGGAACACACCUUGGGUAAGGGACUCCUUGAAACUGAGCAAGGAUAUGAAAAGCGAAGACAAAGCGAAUGCUGCACGAGCGAAAGGCAAUUCCUACUUCCACCCCAAGGUUAAGCGCUACAUCGAAGCUGUAAAACAGUACAAUGAGAGUCUGUGCCAUUCCGAACCGGCAUCCGAGGCGAGAGCUCUUGCCUACGCCAAUCGCUCGGCGGUCUGUUACGAUCUCCAUCGAUAUGAGGAAUGCCUCGAGAACAUCCGGCUAGCCCGAGCCGCAAACUAUCCGGAACGGUUGGCGGAUAAGCUCGCGAAGCGCGAGCUAGCAGCCAAGCAGGCCUUGGCAGAAGAGGCAACGGCAGGACGGAACAUAGCCAAACCAGAUCAAAAGCGUACUUUUGCGCUGACGUACGAUGCAAACGUAGAGGUUCCACAAGUGGCCAACUGCCUGGAGCUCGCGGAAAGCAAACAAUUCGGUCGUUACGUGAUAACGAAUCGGGAUCUUAAGGCCGGCGAUAUUGUGAUUCAUGAACAGCCCACGCACAGUCUGCUAAUAGAUACCUAUCGGCAUAUGCGGUGCGAUUACUGCCUUCAAAAGCAUUUGUACACGCUCAGGCCCUGCGAGGGUUGCACGGUGGCCAUGUAUUGCUCGGAAGAAUGCCGGAAGCAGGCUCAGCUUACCUACCAUCGUUACGAGUGUCCGAUCAUACGCGAUAUGUGGCGCCUUUUUACCAAAAUCCCUGUGAUGGCUAUGCGCACCGUAACCAUGGCAAUAGCGUUCUUCGAACACAACCUGGAUGAGUUUCUAUUGCACCUAGACUCGUUGGACGAAUCGACCGUUAAUCCCUUUGCGAUGGACUGGACGGUGGCUACGAAGCGCGAUAUCUACGAUACCGUACACGUGUUAGCCACCAAUGAGCAUGCGCGGGACUGCAAAGACGUUGGUCAACGUAUAUUUUUUGCUCUCGUAAUGCGGGAACUGCUACUAGAUCGCACGCCGCUUGGUGUAAUGUGUCAAGAAGAUCCCAACAAGACACGAUUACUGUAUGACCUGCUACGGCGCCACCUGCAAACCGUGCCUACGAACAUGCACUCACAGUACUACAUGAAGUACCAGAAAGAAUCUAAAAAUUUCGAUCCAGCCAUCUAUGCGUCGGCUUGUUAUCCGCUGCUGAGCAUGAUCAACCAUUCGUGCGCGCCAAAUAUGACGCGGGUUACCUUGCCCGAUGGUAGCUGUGGAGCGUUGAUCAUACGACCGAUCGCGAAAGGUAGUCAACUAUUUGAUAACUAUGGGCACCAUCACUGCCUUCAAGACCGUGAAACAAGACAUACGGAACUGAUGAAGCAGUAUAGGUUCCAGUGUUGCUGCGAGGCAUGUACGAAUAAUUAUGGGAUAUUAUUCGGUUUACCAAUGAUCGAUGCAAAGCGAUAUGGCAUGAUUGACUCAACAAGAAUCUUCGAAGAUCUGCAACGCCACGAGCUAAAACUAGCAGAGGAAUGGUACCCACAGCUUCUGAAGUACAUAAACCACCUCGGCAAUCAGUAUCCACGGUACGAAUUGAGCUGCGCAGAACAACUGUUUUUGCGUGCGUUUGAAAUCCAGUUCAAGGAAUCUGAAACGCUAGAAGACUUGACCUUCUGUAAUCCAUGAAUCUGAUGACGCGUAGGAGAUUGAUAAUAAAUGUUCCUUUACUGUUGAGGUAAUUUUUCCCGUAGAGGCUUAAUAAAUGAAAACAAAUAUUUUAUUCACUAUCAAUGGCAGUAACCAU